AUGUCGAACACAUCAGAAGGCGACGAGACAGGCCUCAGAAACAUGGCCAUUGCUUUGAUGAUCGCUCUUCCGAUCACCAUUAUUCUACUCACGACCUGCGGCUGUUGCUACUUCUGGCGAAUUCGGAAAGCCAAACAGCGAAAGAGAAUCCAAAGAAGCAUGGGACCAAGACCACCGGCUUAUAGUAGAGAUCCUCCGAUUAGUUUACCAGCGUACCUACCCAAGAAACCGGAGCAGGCAAAGGGCGGAGAAUGUGUUGAGGAUAUAUUCGAUCGUUGA